AUGAAUUCGUACGUGCUCAGCAUCGUUCGACAGAACAUCUGGGCUUCGCUGACCGGUGGCUGGUACUACGAUCCGUUGCACGGCCGCUUCUGCAACACUGUCCACUUAUACCUGUGGCUGUCCUUGUUCGUGCUACCGCUGCUGUGUGCAGUGUGUCGUCCAAGCGCCUUCUGGCAGCGGGCUUCAUUCUGCUACCCGUGCCUCAUCGCGCUGCUCUUCUCCGUCCUCAAGCUUACCACUUGGUACCUUCACAAGGUGUUCGACUCGCACGAGGCCAUCGAAGAGGAACCGUGUUAUACUACGGCAUCCGCCUCCGCCUCCGCCUCUGACCAGUCAUCGUCAGUCGUCGGAAACAACAACAACACAAUGGUAUGUCAGCUAGAAAUGCACGCUAUUGCCAAUAUAGAUUCAAGCGUAUCUGCCUCGGACAAGGAACAAGUUUCAUACGUUCCCAUUGGAUUGGACUUUGGAAGCAGUUCGUGGCAGGGUAACGGAAAAGAGUGUUCGAGUACCGAAGACACCGCGAAUAAACCGGCGGCGUCCAUUAAAUUAGAAGCGAGCACAGGUGCGUUCUAUGCGAAAGGCACCAGCAUCCCGUCGUAUAUCCCGCCGAAUCUUUUGCCGGUUGGUUUGCCUCAGCGAAGAACCAGCUCUCCUCUAGAGUACGUACGAAAUAGGUUCAGCAGGGCAGGUUGUUGUAUGCAAAUUCCGCGUUUCAUAAACAAAGCUCCAGCAUGACU